GAUAUAGUACCUUGUCCUAAAUUUUUUGUUGAUUAAAUCGCUCAUAAUUAUAUUUUUUAUUUACUUCAUUGAAUUUUCAAUAUCAUCAAAGUAACCAAACAAUCUUUCACUGGUUUUAUUUUUGCUCCAACCAUACAAUAAUUACGCGGAUCUCUUGUCGAAAGUAGUAGUUACAGACAUGGAUAUCACUGAGAACAACCUCCAGCAAUUAGGUGCCUACCUGCAAAAGACAUUGUCCAUAGAUCCAGCUGAGAGGAGGGCAGCUGAGAAGUUUUUAGAAUCAAUAGAGAGCAAUCAAAACUACCCGAUACUCCUUCUGAGUCUGGUGGACAAGACUGAACUUCCCAUCCACAUGCGAAUUAGUGGUAGUGUCAUCUUCAAGAAUUACAUCAAAAGAAAUUGGUCCAUUCGAGAUGAUGGUUCAGAUCGUAUCCAUGCUAAUGAUCGCCUGGUUGUCAAACAAAAUAUCAUCAGACUCAUGCUGAAAGCUCCAGAACAAAUACAAAAACAGUUAAGUGAUGCAAUAAGUCGCAUUGGCAAGGAGGACUUUCCAGACAAAUGGCCUAAUUUGAUGGAUGAGAUGAUUGAAAAGUUCAGCACUUCCUCAGAUUUCCACGUCAUCAAUGGAGUCCUCUACACUGCACACUCCAUCUUCAAAAGAUAUCGACAUGAAUUUCAAUCAAACAAAUUAUGGGCAGAAAUAAAAUUUGUGCUGGAUAAGUUUGCCCUGCCUUUCACUCAGCUCACCAAUAAAAUGAUGGAGUUGGCUCAGAUGCAUGCAAGCAGUCCUGACAAUCUGCGCCUCAUAUACAGUUCCAUCAUUCUCAUCUGCAAGAUUUUCUAUUCCCUCAAUUUCCAGGAUCUGCCGGAAUUUUUUGAGGACAACAUGCAAACGUGGAUGAAUCACUUUCAUGUUCUUCUCAAUGCUGACUGCAAACUUCUCGAAACCGAUGACAAGGACGAACCUGGAGUGAUGGAGCAAGUGAAGACGCAGGUAUGUGACAACUUGGCCAUGUAUGCUCAAAAAUACGAUGAGGAAUUUGGCACCUACUUGCCAUUGUUUGUUACUGAUGUGUGGCACCUGCUCAUCAACACAGGAGUCAGUGUAAAAUAUGAUUUGUUGGUGAGCAAUGCCAUCCAGUUCCUGGCGUCAGUUGCAGACAGGCCUGGAUAUAAGAGCCUCUUUGAGGAUCCCAACACAUUGGCAAGCAUCUGUGAGAAGAUCAUUGUUCCGAACAUGGUGUUCAGAGAGGCGGACGAAGAAGCCUUCGAGGACAAUGCAGAAGAGUACAUCAGGAGGGACAUCGAAGGGUCAGACGUGGACACGCGCAGGAGAGCAGCAUGUGAUCUGGUGAGAGCCCUUUCCAAGUCCUUUGAGGAUACCGUCAUCAAGAACUUUUCCAUCUACAUACAGAACAUGUUGCAGGCCUACAGAGAGAACCCGCAAAAGAAUUGGAAGAGCAAAGAUGCAGCCAUCUUCCUAGUUACAUCUCUUGCUGCCAAAGCCCAAACUCAAAAGCAUGGCAUCACGCAAACUAGUUCACUGGUCAAUGUCACUGAGUUCUUCACCAACCACAUCGCUCCCGAUCUCAACUCCAAUGCAAACGAGAACCCUGUAAUCAAAGCAGAUGCCAUCAAGUAUAUCAUGGUUUUUCGAAAUCAGUUAUCUCGAGACAUCUUGGUGUCAUGUUUGGCUCCGUUGGUUAGCCUCCUACUGAGCGGCAGUCACGUUGUGCACAGUUACUCCGCAUGUUGUCUUGAUAAGAUGCUUUCCAUGAAGCCUGCCAUCAUAACACGAGCAGAGCUAGCCCCUCAUGGCGAUCUACUCCUUCAGAAUCUCUUCACUGCUAUGAAUGUUGUUGGGUCGCAAGAGAAUGAAUACAUCAUGAGAGGUAUAAUGAAGAGCUUGCACAUAUUACAAGAUGCAUUCGUUCCUCACGUCAGCACGAUCAUGGGACAACUUCUGUCCAAACUUGAUGCAGUCAGCAAAAAUCCAAGCAAGCCCCACUUCAACCACUGUCUGUUUGAGAGUUUGUGCAUAGUCAUCAGCGUUGUUUGCAGGUUGAAUCCUGGUCCCGAAGUCAUCAACAGUUUUGAGUCUCCACUCUUCCCUCUCUUCCAGAAUAUUCUCCAGCAAGAUGUGCAAGAAUUCGUGCCGUACAUUUUCCAAGUGCUGUCGUUGAUGUUGGAGAUGCACAAGAACUCAAUUCCUGUUCCCUACAUGUCACUCUUCCCAAUCCUUAUGCAACCACUUCUCUGGGAACGUUCAGGAAACGUGCCUGCUCUUGUCAGGCUGCUUCAGGCAUACAUCGUCAUCGGGUGCCAUAACAAUCAGAUACCUGCAGAUAAGUUGCCAGGUUUGUUGGGUAUCUUUCAGAAACUGUUGGCUUCACGAUCCAAUGAUCACUUUGGCAUGCAGUUAUUGAACACAAUGCUCGUCCAUGUACCACACAAUGACAUGGAGAAAUAUAUUCAUCAAGUGUUUUUGUUAUUGUUUCAAAAACUGACGUCAUCAAAAACGACCAAAUAUGUCAAAUGCGUGCUGGUGUUUUUCUCACUGUUCAUCGUUAAGUUCUCGGCUGCUGUUUUCAUCGAGAUGGUGGACAAGAUCCAAGCGAAGAUGUUCACGAUGGUGCUGGAGAAGCUGUACAUAGCAGAAACGGCGAAGAUAACAAAUGCACUGGACAGAAAGUUGUGCGCUGUUGCAAUGACCAACAUCCUCUGUGAACCUACCUUCCUUAAAGACGAUUCUCAUCCCUGGUUACCCCUCUUAAAAUCUCUGUUGGAGACGUUAGAGUCAGCAGUUGCAGCAACUUCUUUCGCUGUUGAAGAGAGUCCAUCCAUCACUGAAUCUGCUGAAUUGGAAGGUUUCCAAGCGGCUUACUCGCAGUUGUUGUACAGUGGCAAGCAGGAAGUUGACUACUGCAUUGACGUAUCCGAUCCAAAGAUCUACCUAGCCAAGAAGUUGCAUGUCCUUUGCCAUAGCACUCAAAAGGUGAAAGCAACAUUACAAGGCUUGCCGCCUCAGGCACAGAACUAUUUGUCGGCUUACUUCACAGCUGCUGGAGUAUCCAUUGCUUAGCAUCAGCUAGCAAGCAUCAUCACUGACUUUAAUUAUUCUAUUUCAUUAAUAUUAUUUUAUUAUAUCAUUAUUCAUAUACAGCUAUAGUUAUAAUAAUUAUUUAUAUUGUCAUUUUUAACUUUAUUAUUGUUAAAUUUGUUUUUUUUUUCAUUAUUAAUUUUAAUUACCAAGGACUCUAUGUAAAUCUGGUUUGCCUAUUUCAUCGCUAAUAAAGACAUUCUAUGUAAAAGUUUUUAAGAUUUCUUAUCGUAUUCUUUGAAAUCAGCAUGUAAUCAUAACAUAUCAAUGGUAAUUUUAUACCGUUAGUCAUCAAUCAAGAGCUCCUUGUUGAAGGAUGGAAUGCAAAAGUUCAGUAUUCUUGCAUGUUUUGUACGUGAGGCAACUUAUUCAGUCACACACAAACACACACGCAAAUACAUUUUAUAUGCCACACUACAUCUCUGUACAGAAAAUGAAUUAGCAUUGAAUUUUUAAAAAUCUAUUCUCAAUUUGAAUUACUUGCGUUUUCUUAGAAUUAAUUUGAGAAGUGUAACCAAUUUUUAAUUUAAGACUUCUUCCUGCUAGUGAAAUACAUAACCUUUUUUACCUAUUCACGCCAUGAUGACUUGAAUGUGGUUUGAAGGUCCGUCAGAUAGUUUAAAGAGGUAAUGAUAAAUGCAAUAGUUGCUUUUGCCUGCUAGAUGACGUUCACUAUUUAUUGGUUCAUGUUCAUGGCGGUAUUUCAUACGUUACAUUUUUUUUUAGACCGAUUUUAUUUAUUCAGUUAAUUCAUAUUCAAUGGACGAAUACAACCUUCUAGGUACAUAUCAGAAGUAUCCAAUGUAUGGGUGUAAGUAUAUAUAUAUAUAUAUAUAUAUAUAU